AUGGCAACUGAUCGUGUAGAUUCUGACGUUCAGAUAGGCACAGUUACGCUUCCUAUCGCACCUUUUCGCGAGACUAAUCCUAAGUCUUGGUUUGGUCAGCUAGAAUCGCAAUUUUCUUUGCGUGGUAUUAGGUCCGAAAAGACCAAGUUCCACCUAGUCGUUUCCGCGCUUCCGCUAAAUGUCAUCGAUGACAUUGAUGACAUUCUAGAUCUUCCUGACGACCAAAAGACUUACGAUGCAGUCAAGACAGCUGUUCUGAGAAGAACAGGCUUAUCCGAUCGACAACGAGUUACGAAACUCCUCAACGAAACCGAUCUUGGCGAUCUUAAGCCAUCUCAGCUGCUUCGAAAAAUGCAGAGCCUAGCUAAACCCUCUUCGAUAGAUGAUUCUUUUCUUCGGGAAAUGUGGUU